UAAUUCCCUCACUACACAAAACAGCAAUGAUGAGGGAGAGAGAGAGAGCAGUAUCUUAUCCUCUUCAAAAUCGUAAUCUACUUUUUUUCUUCUGUAUCUUGCUUUGUCACUUGGCUCCGAUCAACGGAAAAGAAGAAAAAGAAUCAGUUGGGCAUGGUUACACGAUUCGAUCAGUGGCCGUUCAUCCCUCCGGCAAGUCCUUGACCGCUCAUCUUGGCCUCAUCAAGGGCUCCUCCAUUUUUGGGCCUGACAUCAAGAAUCUCACCUUCAUCGCCAGCUUUGAAACCAAAGACCGGCUGCGAAUCCGAAUAACAGACUCCGAGCGCCAACGAUGGGAGAUCCCACAGGCCAUCAUACCCCGCCAUAACCACGAAGACCACCCUCAUACAAAGUCGUCUCGGCACCCCCAAACCCACUUCCUCCUCUCCCACCCGUCCUCCGACCUCAUCCUCGCGCUCUCCAACACCACCCCAUUCGGCUUCUCCGUGGUCCGCAAGUCCUCAAGCGACGUCGUCUUCGACGCCUCCCCUGAGCCCAACGCCUUCCUCGUCUUCAAGGACCAGUACAUCCAGCUCUCCUCCUCGCUCCCCAGGGCACGCUCCUCGCUCUACGGCCUGGGCGAGCACACCAAGAGCUCCUUCAAGCUCCAGCCAGGCAAUGAGACGCAGACGCUUACUCUCUGGAACGCUGACAUUGCCAGCGCCAACCUCGACCUCAACCUCUACGGCUCCCACCCCUUCUACAUGGACGUCCGAUCACCGUCCCACAAUGGGAGAGUGGCGGCGGGGACCACCCACGGAGUUCUGCUGCUCAACAGUAAUGGCAUGGAUGUCAUGUACAGCGGUGAUAGGAUAACGUACAAGGUGAUUGGUGGGAUUAUUGACCUCUACAUUUUUGCUGGGCCGUCGCCGGAGACGGUGAUGGAGCAAUACACGGAGCUCAUUGGUAGGCCUGCGCCCAUGCCGUACUGGUCCUUUGGAUUUCAUCAGUGUCGAUAUGGUUAUAAAAGCGUUUCCGAUGUUGAAGAUGUGGUUGCUGGCUAUGCAAAAGCUGGUAUACCUCUUGAAGUUAUGUGGACAGAUAUUGAUUACAUGGAUGGGUAUAAGGAUUUUACUCUAGAUCCCAUCAACUUUCCAUUGGACCAAAUGAAAAAGUUUGUUGACAAUCUUCACCAAAAUGGUCAGAAAUAUGUGCUCAUCUUGGAUCCUGGUAUCAGUGUGAAUAAGACAUAUGGAACCUACAUUAGAGGGAUGCAAGCUGAUGUCUUCAUCAAACGUGAUGGUGUCCCUUACCUGGGUAAAGUUUGGCCUGGCCCAGUCCACUUCCCUGACUUUUUGAAUCCAGUCAGUGAAGCAUUUUGGGGUGGUGAGAUAGAAAGGUUUCGAGAUAUUCUUCCCCUUGAUGGUCUUUGGCUCGACAUGAAUGAGAUUUCCAACUUUAUAACUUCUUCUUCUAGUCCAAAUUCUUCUUUUGAUGACCCUCCGUAUAGAAUUAAUAAUGCUGGAGUUUGGCGGCCCAUUAAUAAUAAUACUGUCCCUGCAACAUCCUUACACUUUGGUAACAUUACAGAGUAUAAUGCCCAUAACCUAUAUGGACUCCUAGAAUCCAAAGUCACUAAUGCAGCCUUAGUCAAUGUGACUGGUAAAAGGCCGUUUAUACUUUCUAGGUCAACUUUUGUUAGUUCUGGCAAAUACACAGCGCACUGGACUGGAGACAACACUGCCUCAUGGAAUGAUUUGGCAUACACAAUUCCAGGAAUUUUGAACUUUGGGCUUUUUGGAAUUCCAAUGGUUGGGGCAGAUAUAUGUGGUUUUUCUGGAAAUACAACUGAAGAACUCUGCGGGCGCUGGAUUCAGCUAGGGGCCUUUUAUCCGUUUGCAAGAGAUCACUCGGAUAAGUAUACUAUUCGUCAAGAACUCUAUCUUUGGGAUACAGUUGCGGCAACAGCUAGGAGGGUGUUGGGGCUUCGCUACCAGCUUCUCCCCUACUUUUACACACUAAUGUUUGAAGCACACCAAAGAGGAACCCCCAUUGCAAGGCCUCUUUUCUUCUCAUUCCCUCAAGAUAUCAACACUUAUGAAAUCAGUACACAAUUUUUGAUUGGUAAAGGCGUAAUGGUCUCACCAGCAUUAAAGUCAGGAGCACUUUCAGUUGAUGCAUACUUCCCUGCGGGAAACUGGUUUGACCUCUUCAACUACUCGAAUUCAUUGAGUGUUAAAUCAGGCAAGUAUAUCAGGCUCGCUGCACCACGUGACCAUAUAAACGUGCAUGUUCGGGAAGGCAAUAUUCUGGCCAUGCAAGGAGAGGCAAUGACAACACAAGCAGCUCGGAAGACUGCAUUCAAACUCCUGGUGGUGGUGAGCAAUAGUGAUAAUAGCACCGGAGAAGUUUUCUUGGAUGAUGGAGAGGAAGUUGAGAUGGGAGGGGAGGGAGGGAAGUGGAGCUUAGUGAGAUUUUAUGGUGGAAAACUAGGGAGUAAUGUAUCAGUUAGUUCAAAGGUUGUGAAUGGAGAGUUUGCUUUGAGUCAAAAGUGGAUCAUAAAUAAAGUAACUUUCAUAGGGUUGGAGAAGGCUAAGAGAUUUAAGGAAUAUGAAGUAGAAACAAACUUGAAGAGAAACUCAGUUAUAAAGGUUAGCUUGGACAACUCUAGGCAGUUUGUUAUCGUUGAGGUCUCAAAACUAUCGCUACUUAUUGGACAGGAAUUCAAGUUGGAGCUGAAGCUUCCAAGGAUUGUGAGUGACGUAUAAAGAGAAUAAUUAUAAUUAUGGGCAUAUUGUUAUUGUUCGCCAGAAAGUGUUGUCGACAAUAACUUGCCUAAGCAUAUGAAUAUUUUAUUCCAAUAAAAAACUACUUGACUUGAAAGUGUUGUAGACAAUAAAUUGCCUAUUUCAUUA